ACGGAUGCGAAGCUACUUUUAAUCGGCGUGCAUGUUAUGGUUCUUGUAUCUUGUUGAUCUUCAAAGAUAUUAUUAAUCUUACAAACGCUUUAUUUUCCCGUGGCAAACGGAGAAUGGCUUUGGAUAAAUUGGAGCUCGCUAAUCGUAAGAAGAGGUCAGUAGUGCAGUUUAGCCGCUCGUAUAAGAGCAGCUCGAACAUCAGUAACUCCAUUAAAGUAGAUCAACGUUGCACGGUGUCACCAUGAACGUGGUAGUGAUACCAUUCUUUUUAGCCGCGCAUCUCACCGUGGACGAGCCAUGGGAACACGGGCCGGAAUAUACGUUUCAAGUUCAGGUGAACUGCACGGCAAUUCCAGAGGAAGGUGUCUACGGCAGCGUGCGGCUCAACCUGGUGUCGAAGCUUAUCUGUCAGCCGAAGGACGGUCACACGUUGAGUUGCCACUUUGAAGACUCCACGGCUAAUAGCUUUGUCGUGGAUAGCUUGGACCCGUCGGAACCGGUGGCGCCGGUCGGGCCGGUAAAUCGACAACCGGCUUACGAGAUCAACGAGGAUCAGUUCGAGAUCAAGUUUAACAAGCGAGGGUUAGACAGUCUGGUGGUGAACGAGAAUAUCCAGCCGCGUGAGCUCGACAUGAUUCGGAUGAUUGUAGGUCAGCUGAGUAUAGGUGCCACCCUCGAAGGCAUCGGGAACGACCUUACCUUCGACACGAUGGAAAAUUUCACCCAGGGCGAAUGUUUCACGACCUUCAAGAUCGACAAGAAACUAGUAGGACGUUCGCUAUAUGCAAAACCCGGUUACACUCUUAGGCCGGUCUUCGGCCUAAAGGAUGGCAAGCUGGUGCAGAUACGAAAGAUUCGAAAUUUGCACAUGUGCGCGCACAAGGUGCCGUAUCUCUUUGGCAGCGCUGAAAGCUUCAGGGAAGAAAGUGACAUCAUGUCCGAUAUUAGCUUGUCGGAUGGACACAUCAUCAUAACAUCCACAGAAUUUAUAUCCGGUACGUCGAAUGUGAUAACGACGAGCAAAGUAACCGAAGCGGUGAUAACAACACUUUACGAAAACGUACGACUCAGGCUUGAAUCCAUUCAAGCCGCGGAAAGUGAACCGCCAACUGUGAAAGAAGCCGAGCCUGCCAGUAUCUUCAUAGGCAGGUGGUUAAUCGAUGACUCAUCCGAAGAAGAUAAUUAGAUGGUUUCAUUUUUGGUGUUACGUGGGACGUAUACAAACAGACAAACAUUUGCAACGAGGGACGAAAUUCAUUCAUUCACUUGUCGCCAAGUGACUUACAAAUUUGAUUCAUUCUAUUUAUGUUAUUGCAUAAAUAUCAAGCGGUUAUUAUAAAGUUGCGCAACAUUGUAUGUUUGCAUUUUUCAUAUUGCAAAGAUUAUUGUGCGCGCGUGAACAUGAAAUUUCGAAUUUUGAAUAAUUAUAAAUUAAUUAUGUCAUAAUAAUGUUAGUUAUUAAUUACUAAGAAGAAGAAAAUGGUAACAAGUGUGGUAUUUUGAUGUGUGAAAAAUAAAGUUUUCUUACUUGUAUAAAAUAAAA